AAAUCUCUUUACACUCUCUCUGUUUCAAUUGUUAUGAACUAAAAACAACAUUUCUUUCACUUUCUCUCCAUAUUCAUCCAAAAAACUGAAGCUUUUGAUUCAAAAUUGUUUGGAGCCAUAUUUCUUUCGUUUUGACUUACGGUUGCUUUCGUUUGAGGUUCUGGGUGGUUGGAGAAGACCCUGUGUGCAAACAAAGUCAUCUCACCUAGUUUAAGAUGAUUUUUAAGUUACAUGCAGUGUAUGGAGAAUGGUUGUUGAGAGAUUUCCGUUGGGAUUUUGUGGUUGAUGAUCUCAAAGGAGCAAGAUUGUUUUUAUUGAAUGAAGAUUCAACACAUGCUGAACUUGUUGCAAUGGCUCAAGAAGAUUAUAACCUGGACAUGAGAUCAGUGACUGUGGAGAUUAGCUACUCAUUACCAGCAGAAAUGAUGAUGACUCCAAGCAGUCCUCCCAUUCAUGUUACAAGUGAUAGACAAGUUCGAAACUUGCUCGAGAUACUCAAAACGCAUAGAGUAUGUCUUUGUGUAUCAAGCCGCAGCAAGGUGGAAACGGUUUCAGAGAAAAGAGAAGAAGCUGGUGAAUGGGAAGAAGAUGUUGGUGAUAAUGAUGAAGCUGGUGAAUGGGAAGAAGAUGUUGGUGAUAAUGAUGAGGCUGAUGAAUGUUUUGAAGAUGUUGGUGAUAAUGAGUCUGUUGAAGAUGAAAAUCAAGAUGGGGAGGAGGAAAAUGGGAGGAGGAAAAUGGGGAGGAGGAUGCUGAUAACACUAUUGUUGGUGAAACGGAUCAGAAUGGUGGGGAUUACAGUCUUUAUGGAAAGGUUCUAGAUGAGGACGAGGAAGAUGAUGAUAAUAUUUGUUUUGAAGAAAUUGAAAAGACAUAUGCUAAGACAAAUGCUAUUGAAGGAGGAAAAUCGGACUGUACCAGCAUCUAUGUCAACCAGAGUUUUGUUAGCAAGGAUGCACUGCUUUCAGAGCUGCGGUUGACAGCAGUGAGGGGUAGGUUUUCUUUCAGAAUAUACAAAUCAACAAAAACUCUCCUUGUGGCAAUAUGUCGGGUUAGCGGUUGUGGAUGGAAGAUCAGAGCGAGUGUGAAACAUGGGUCAAACACGUUUUGGGUAACAAAGUAUGUGGAAAAACAUUUAUGCUCAAUUGGAGACCGAAUCGCUCAGCGGAGACACUGUACUCCAAAGUAUGUUGGUAGUCUUUUCAUUGAUCGUGUUGGGAUCAUUGAUGGGAUAACUCCACAGCAUAUCACUGAUGCAAUGAAGAACAUGUUUGGCAUGACGCUUGAUUACACCACUUCAUACAGAGCACUGUUAUAUGCACAGAAAUUGGUGAGAGGAUCAGCAGAAGAAGGGUAUUCGCGUCUGCCUUCAUAUCUCGAGCAAAUCUCCAUUGCAAAUCCUGAUUCUAUCACGGCUAUAGAACUUGAUUCUGAGAAAAGAUUUAAGUAUCUAUUUCUCUCUUUUGGAGCUUCUAUCAAAGGUUUUAAGUAUCAGAGAAGGGUCAUUGUGGUGGAUGGAACUCACCUAAGUGGAAAGUAUGGAGGUGUUAUGUUAGUUGCAGCCGCACAAGAUGGCAA